CUACACCAUUUCCAUAGAGAUGAAACUUUAAAUAAACAAAUGGCAGAUUUGGAACAACUCAGCAACAAAGAGUUGCAUAAAAAAUGUCUAGAAUGCGGCCUUGCCAAUAUCCCCGUUACAGAUUCAACACGAAAAUUACUUAUACGUAAAAUACAAAAUGCCAUAUCUGGCAAUCAGAAACAAGCGAAAACAGUGAAACGUCUUGGAGCUAAGAAACCGACAGCAGCUGCAUCCAACGUUCAUAUUGCAGUUAAUACCAAAAUACGUGUUAGAGACGACGUUCCCAAGAACAAGGAAUCUUUACAUUUAACUCAACGUUCCGCAGCCGGAGCCAAAACAAAAAAAUCGGAAUCCGAAGCCUUGAACAAUUCCACCAAAUUAUCAACAAAGUCCACAAAUGCUCAAACUAAAAGUACCCUUAAAGGUAUUUUGAAGAAUACUUCCAGAAAUAAUCUUUCUAUAUCACAAAGACCAUCGCAAAACAUAACAAGUAAUACGCUGUCAGAAAGGUACUCUGCAUACGAUUCACAGGCGGCGAAUUUCGGAAUUUGCCAUAAAAUGCAGCCAAAGGUAGUAAAUUCCCCACAAUCGCCAAAAGUGAAUACCACAGUAUGGCCACAUAAUACAACAGCAAAAUCUCAAGUUCUAACAAAGACACCUGUCUUCUGUACAUCUUACAUACAAGAAUCCAGCAUUUAUAGGACAUAGAGUAAGGUUUAUUUACCAUGAAGAAAAAACAAAAGUGCAAUACACCCAGGGAGAAGCUAGGAAAAUAUUUUUUUUUCAUCCAUCCCAAAACUCAGUUAUUUUUUAUUGACAUUUCAGUGUCUGAAUUCUAAUUUAGAAUAUAAGUAAUAUUAUAACCAAGUGUCUUAUUAUUAACUUUAUAUUAUCUGUGUAUUUAUAUUAAUAUGAACUAAUUAAAGUUUUUACUCUUUAAA